CAUUUGAUUUUUCUUCCUACCAAUAGACAUUGCUGUCCAUCAGAAGAAAUAAUUAGUGUAUUAUGUAUGGAAACGUCAUCCUAUCAGUUCAGUGCCUGACUUGAAUAGCUCAUAUAAGCAACUCAUUGAUGCCAUGCAUGCUCACUGUCUUCAGAUAUGACACAACACUACACCCUUUGGGAGUUUCUCCCCUGUUCGCAAGCAGCAUUUCACAUCUGUGUUUGACAGAAGGAGAGAAGAGCAGACUGUUCAACAGCCACUACCAAAAGCAGGCUAUGCAGGUGAAAAGUUAAGGCAAAACCUGGAGUCCAGUUACCCUGCCCUUCAACACAACCCACAGCACUGACAUAUACCGGAUUUUCUGGAACAGGGAGAAGUUUUCAGUAUUGGAAUUCACAUGACAAAAGCAAAUGGGAUUUACUGAGUGCUGAAGCCUUCAAUUAACGUUUGAUAAAUAAUGAACAUCUGAAUUAACCAGAAUUGAUGUGUUUGCCUCUAUUGUUUGAGAAGAUGCAAAGUCCACCACUCUUUUUCUUAGCCUCUUAAGAGAAGAAUUCAAAGUACUAUUUAGAGAGCGAACCCAAGGAUUUGGAAUAACUGGGAGUAAACUGGAAGCAAGCAGCAACAAAAUGAAGCAGCACCAGCAAAUGAGACAGACACAGUAGAGAAAAAGAAAUGUGAAAGCUAGUGUGCAGAAUGCAUUUCUAAUACAGAAAGCUUCCUACCUGGAGAGUGUAUCUCAGUAUUUGGAGACACAGAAUCCAGAAACUGUCUUCAGUCAUCUGCUGGCCCUGGGAUGAGAAGCCACAAUAAAGACAUGUGACCAAGGAAGGCACCACUGAACAACUGCAGCCUAUUCCUACACAUUAGAAGGAGCGGAGUUUCCAAGAUGCAUGGCAUGCUUCCAGGUAUCUUCAAAGUACAGAUGAAGAAGCAACUUAAAAGGGACUGAUGUUAAUACGCCAAGAAAAAGAAUGGAAGAAAAAUUGCACAGCAAUUCAACCAUUGUCAAUGGUACAACCCCUAACCAUAAGCAUUUAGAAGGUCAUAGCCUUUGGGAAGUAAUUACCAUUGCUACAGUGACGGCCAUUUUAAGCUUAAUAACUAUAGUGGGGAAUGUUCUUGUGAUGAUAUCCUUCAAAGUCAACAGCCAGCUCAAGACGGUGAACAAUUACUAUUUACUCAGUCUUGCGUGUGCAGACCUUAUCAUUGGAAUAUUUUCUAUGAAUCUUUAUACAUCCUACAUAUUAAUAGGGUACUGGUCUCUUGGGAGUCUAGCAUGUGACUUGUGGCUAGCCCUGGAUUAUGUAGCUAGCAAUGCCUCAGUAAUGAAUUUACUGGUUAUCAGCUUCGACCGAUAUUUUUCUAUUACACGGCCAUUAACCUACAGGGCUAAACGCACACCGAAAAGGGCUGGCAUCAUGAUUGGCCUAGCUUGGCUAAUUUCAUUUAUCCUGUGGGCACCAGUAAUCUUAUGUUGGCAGUAUUUCGUCGGGGAACGAACUGUCCCGCCUGGAGAAUGCCAGAUUCAAUUUUUGUAUGAACCCAUCAUCACCUUUGGUACUGCGAUUGCUGCUUUCUAUAUCCCAGUUUCUGUGAUGACUAUUUUGUAUUGCCGUAUUUAUAGAGAGACUGAGAAACGGACCAAGGACCUGGCCGAACUUCAAGGAUCCAGUUCUGUGGCUGAGUUCGAAAUGAUAAAGCCUCAGAAAGCUUUGCUAAAAUCCUGCUUUAGCUGCAAGCAACAAAAUUUAGCCAAAAGGGAGAGAUGUCAGGCUUCAUGGUCUUCAUCCAGCCGAAGUACUUCAGCAACAGCAAAGGCAUGUCAGAUUCAAAAUACCUGUCAUGACUGGUCUAAGGCGGACCAGCUCACCACUUGCAGCAGCUAUGCAUCCUCAGAAGAGGAGGAUAAACUUGCCUCUGAUCCCGUCUUUCAAGUAGCUUAUAAGUCUCCAGUAAAAAGCAAGGAUGAUGAACAUAAAGAGGAGAAAAAGGAAGCCUUUAUCAAAGACCAUCCUGGGGAAAAUGACUAUGAGACCCCCAAAUAUUUUCUAACCCCAACCAAAGGCCACGUUAAAAAAAGUAGUAAAUGUGUAGCUUAUAAGUUCCGAUUGGUGGUUAAAGCUGAUGGUGCCAAAGAAACUAACAAUGGCUGCCGAAAAGUAAAGAUCACUCCUUGUUCUGCCACUUUAUCUAAGGACACGACUUCCGUCAAAAACAUGGAUCCAAAUAUAAACAAUCAAAUUACUAAAAGGAAAAGAAUGGUCCUCAUAAAGGAGCGCAAAGCAGCCCAAACUUUAAGCGCCAUUCUUCUAGCUUUCAUAAUCACUUGGACACCCUACAAUAUCAUGGUUUUGGUCUCCACAUUCUGCUCAGAUUGUAUUCCCCCAACGCUGUGGCACCUUGGCUACUGGCUGUGCUAUGUGAAUAGUACUGUUAACCCAAUCUGCUAUGCUCUCUGUAACAAAACAUUCAGAAAGACAUUUAAGUUGUUGCUGUUCUGUCAGUGGAAGAAGAAAAAAAUGGAAGAAAAAUUAUACUGGCAGGGUAAUACUAAACUGCCUUAAUUUAAAGUGUUUGGGGGGGGGACAGACCUUGGCCAAGCACUGUAAAUCAAAUUGGCUGCAAGUCUUUCAUUGUAAAGUUGUUGCUUUGCAUGUCUGGAGACAAAAGAUGCACAAUUUGUGUGGUGAUAAAGAUAUGCCUAUGGCCAUGAAGAAAGCAGCCACAAUGAUGAACAUUUCUAUAAUUGUCUGUGACUACUAAAUAGAGCAUUAUUUAUGUUGCUGUCAUAGAAAGUUUCCUUCCACAUGUUUGCCAAAUAAAAUGGCACACCAACAGACCUUAAUGGUUGGGUAUGGAAUAGACCCUUCAUUCAUUAGGUCCACUACCUGGAAAGUAACAUUAUGCCUUCCUGCACAUUUUUUCUAAGGCUUUGUCCAGUUUAGUUAUAGGUCUCCAAUAGAAUGACACUUGCAUCAACUUCCCGUACAGAAUUGUUUCUAAACUGGAUGGAAACAAAAGGAAGGCUAGUACCACUGGCCAACGAUAAAUGUCUGAGAUUUUUUCCUCAAUGGACAAAUUUGCUCUUGGAAUUAGUUGUGAGGCCAUGAACAUUGUUUGAGUUUGCAUUGUUCUUUUUCUAUGGCUGAGAGAUGGCUUAUAUGAUGUAAACUGUAUGGUUGGGGUUUUUUUUGCAAAUUAAGAAGCCAAUGGGGGUACCGAGUUUGUCAGAGAUGUUUACAUUGCCUACAAACAAGGGUACUAGUUAAUUGUCUUUUUGCAUUUUAUUUGUUCAUGUUGAAGUUGCUCCGAAGGAGUUUUAUUUUUAAAAUCCUGUACAGUAUAUUGAUGCAAGCCGAUGUAUGGCUUCUAAGAGAAAGGUAAAAUCGCUUCUUUAUUGCCAUUCUGAAGAACUAUCUUAGCACCCAAAUGUGCAAAAGAUUCCUGCAUUGCAGUGGGUUGGACUAGAUGACUCUCUUGGUUCCUUCCAACUCUACAAUCCUAUGAUUCUGUGUGGGUUGCAUUUUAUUUCCUACACUGUGAAUCAGCAAUCCUACCUCACUUACCUGGGAGUAAGCCCCAUUGAAUUCAAUAUGACUUACUUUGGAGUAGUCAUGGUUAGGAUUGCACUGUGAGUUGCCUUCCGUGUAGGC